AUGGUAGCGUCUGGAGCCAGGAGAUGUCGGCAGGGGUCCGCGCUCUUAAAGGCGUGCCUGGUCAGCUCUCUGCUGGCUGUUGAGCCGACGGUUGCAGACGAAGCGGCAGGCCUCGAGCCGAGCAUGCUCUCUCCUCUCGCGCAGCUCACGUUGAUCGACGCACAAGUGGAGCGGGACGACAUACACUAUUUCCAGGUGCUUACCGAGGCCUGGCAGAGCACGCGUGUGAGGGUGUCGAUCGAGGACUGCACCCCCCGCACCGCCGUCAUCGCAGCCUUCGGGGCGGAGCCCACCCCUUCCCGCCACGAGCUCCUGGCGCACGCCAUGCCGGACCUCGCCGGGAACGGGACGUGCGGCGUGGACGUCAUCACUCGACCGUCUUACUCCAGAGACGGCGUUUGGCACUUCGCCGUGGUGGGAGGGUCACCGCUACGCGGGGAUAGGUAUUUUGCCGGGCCUCCAGAUACCUUGGCAUUCCAAGCAGCCGUCAUUGCCGACAGCGCUGUAUACCCCACUCUAGACCGGGGUGUAGCAGCUUCGGGCGACUGCCUGCGGAAGGUCGCCGUACCCCCCGUGGUUGUCCCGACAAUCACGGGGCCCCCGGGAUCGUCCGUCUCCAGACGAGGCGGCGGCGGUGGUCAGGGGUCUCGCGGGAGCUUCUUGCCCACAUUGGGCAGGUUUCCUGCGGGGGGCGCCGCGGAGAAGACCGAGGGGAAGGACAGGGGGGGGGGCGACGGCGAGGAGGAGGACGCACGGCACGCCGCCGCCGCCACGGCCCUCCUUCUCUCGCCCUCGUGGCUGGGCGCUUUCACGUUGUCUGCCUACGACGAGUCCGUCACCAUUCCCUUCGAAGUCGCCGCUAUCGUCGACGGGGGUAGCGAGGCUGACGGUGGCGGCGGCGCCGUCAGGAGGGGAGGGGGGGGGACAGGACAGGGUCUAGUCGGAAGGGCGCUAGGGGCGAACGGAACGGCGGAUGUGAAGUUGCUGACGACCGACUACGGGGGGAGGCGGCGGCAGCAGCAGCAGCAGCAGCAGCAGCAGCAGCAGCAGCAGCAGCAGCAGCCUGCGGACCAAGGCCACCGACGGCGGCGGCAGCAGCGACGACGUUUGACGGAACGGGCGGCGGGGUAUGGCCAGGGAAAAGGCAGGGCAGCCGGAGAUCAAUCGGGUGCGGGGGAUGGUGGUGAAGAAAAGGAGGAGACACACCAGGGACGGGAGGAGGAGCGGAGUCUGGACAACGACGAUGGCGGGUGUGAGGUGACGGUCUGCGCGGCGGCCGCGAGGAUCGUGUUGGGCAUCGGAGAACAGGACGACGAUGGAGACGCGGAGGUACCGCAGGAGGACUCCUCCGUCGGGGGGCAGCAGCGCGUUUGCCGAUCGGUAGUCGUCGGGGGACAAGGGGCCGCCGUUAGCGGGACGCUGGACCUCCCGGACAGACCGCAGACUGGACGGUGGUAUCUGACGGCUCGUGCAGCGUGCGAGGCCGCCCCCGGGACUGCUGGGCACAAACAGCGAAGCCUGCGGCGAUCAACCGUAGGCGCCGAUGUCCCGACGACGUCCGCCGCGUCACAAGACGAGGGGGUCCCGGGGACGGGAGGGGGUGUGCCAAGUUCCCGUGCCGCUGCUGCGUCGCCCCCCGCCGCCGCCGCCGCCGCCGCCGUCGGACAAGAGGUAGAGGAGAAGAACAUAUACAGCGGGACAGGGUGGGGCUUGGAGGUGAUGUCCCUCCAGCGCGACUGGGCACACGUGGAGUGGAGCGCCGACUUUCUGGUGCCGGACGGUGGUGAUGGUGGUGGUGACGCCCGUCGAGGGGGAGACGAUGGGAAGGGGGAGGGGGGCAGAGAGGCGUGCACGUCCGCAGCCGGCGGGAAAGACGCUUUCGUUUUUCGCGCGGCCGCCUUCACGGAGGCGUGUCCUCGAGGUGCCGUCGGUGUUGGAGGUGUGGACCUGCGGCCGGUGACGGCGGCGGCAGAAGCGGGGGUUGGCGACGGGGCGGCGGCGGCGGCGAGGGAGUCCCACCGCUUCUCGUGUGUCGGCGCCGAGCUGCCGAUGCUGAUGAGGAGAGACGGGGCGGCGAGAAUUCACGAGGGUCAGCCCCGAGCCUUGUCUAACUUUGUCCGCGACGAAGGUGGCGCAGCAGCAGCAGCAGCAGCAGUAGCCGGCCUUUCAAAGAGCGGCAGCAAUGAAGUAGAAGGAGGAGGAGGAGGAGGAGGAGGAGGAGCAGACGCCGAACAAGCGCCAAGUUGGUUGUGGCAGGGACCAGGCCCGCCGUCCCUGUGGUACGCGCUCGAGAUGUCCGGGCGCGAAGUCGGGGCGUCCAUGCAGAUCAGGCUUUCGGUUAAUUCUUCUGCCCCGCUGACGACCGCCGCCACCGCCGCCGCCGCCGCCUCCUCAUCCGCCCACGGGUCCCCGUCGGCGUGGCACAUGGGUCCCAGGUUUUCGUCGCGUAGCGGUGGUGAUGCCGGGGGAGGCGAUGGUGGCGCGCCCGUCGUUCAGUCCGUUCCCGUGGAGGACGCUUCGUCGAUGAACCUGAGCGUGGCGAUGCGGGUGGGGGCUCUGCCGGUGGUUGACCCGAACGGUACGGCGCGGGAAGGGACGGUGGUCCUCUGGACCGCGGACGCGCUCAGCGAGCCCGGAGAGGCGAACGACCGGCCCCCGCCGCCGUACGACGACAGCUCCGAUGCCGCCGCCGCCGCCGCCGCCGCCGCCGCCGCCGACUUGCCCUGGUGGAGCACGACGUUCACGUGGAACCUCACGCACCCGCCGCCCUUGCACCCGGCGGCCGUCGGGGGCGGGGCGGGGCUCGGGAGGGGCACCGCGGCUACGACGCUGUUCGUCGUGGUGUCCGGGGAGACCGAGGCGGAGGCCUCCGGGCGUGCCAAGAGGUACGAAGGGGUUGGACCGCCGGGCGGAAGAGACGGCAUGAUUAGGAGGAGGGCGGCGGAGAGGGAGGUGGAGCAGGGAGAGGGCGGUGGCGGCGACGAGGUGGGGGUGUCGCUGUGGACGCUGGGCGUAGCUCCUGAGGUGACCUUCCGGUACUGCGACGAAGACGUGUGUCCCGUCGGCCGGGGCGAGUGCCGAGCCGCGAGGGGGGGAAGCGGGGACGACUACGUGACGGUGUCCAAGUGCUACUGCUUCUACGGCUACGGGGGGGAGGCCUGCGGCCAGCGCGUGGUGUCCUACGUGUCGCUGCUCUGGCAGUUUUGCCUGCUGGUGCUGUCGAACCUGGCGGUGGUUCCCGCGGUGCGGGUGGCCUUGAGGCUGGGGCUAGCCACGGGAGCGGCCCCGGCGGUAGUGUUGGGGCUCAACGGGGCGGCGUCGGCCUUCUACCACAUGUGUGACCUCGAGCUGACGUGUGCGGGGGGUAUGCUGAGCUUCCACUCCCUCCAAGCGCUGGACUUCUUCUUCAGCUUUUUCUCGGUCGCGGCCCUGGUGCUCCACCUCUGUCCCAUGCCAUGGGACGAGCCUCUGGUGUGCUCGCCGCCGCCGUCGUCAUUAGCCUCCACGAUCGCCCUGCCCUCAAACUCCGCCGUCGUCUCCGCAAACCCUGCCACAGCGGCGAUGGCAGCGGCCGCCUCCGCGGCGGCUGCGGCCGCCGACUUGAUGUCUGCCGGCGGCGGUGGCGGCGACGGCAGCGGCAGCGAGGACGGGUCUUCUCACCACCUUCGUAGCAGAGGCGUCGCCGGGGGCGACGGCGGGAGCGCCGACGGCAACGGGAACAAUACCUGUAGUAGCAGCAACAACAACAGACGCAGGGGCAAGGACGACGACGACGACGACGAUGACGGAGACAGCGGCGCCGGCGGCAGGGCGUUCGCUGGCCGCCAGGAGGGGCCGUCGGACCGCGUGAUGCUGCUCGGAGACAGGGACCAGCACUAUCCGAGGAGGUCGAGCGGCGGCGGCGGCGGCGGCGGCGGCGGCGCGCACGGUCGGAGCCGGCCCCGGAACCGAAGCCACGCCGGCGGUGUCGCGAGCAGUUCGAGGGGAAGCCUGGCCUCCGUUUCGGUUGACGGCCCCGCCGCCGGCAGCGGAGCGCACAGGAGAGGGGGUACCGGGGGCGGGGGCAUAGGAGCAGGAGGGGGGUGGGUGGGAGGGAGCGACGGCGGCGGGAGCGAGGUCGGAAACCCGGCGAAGGCGGGGGAGGAAGCCGACGGCAGCGGCGCGGGGUCCCGCCUCGCCUCCCUGUACGUGUGCCUGAUACCCCCACUGUUGGUCGGGGUGACCGACCACCCGACUGCGGGCGCCAACCUGGCCGUGGUGUUCGCGAUGUGCAGCGGCCUGCUCGCCUCCAACUGGGGCAGGCUCGUCAGACGGGACUUGCGCGAGCGCGCGCUCGCGGAGGAGCAGCAGCAGCAGCUGCUGCUGCAGCAGCAGCAAGGGCACUGGCGAGCGGAGUCGGCGGGGUCGGCGGCGGCGGCCGCGACGGCGGCGGCCGUUGCCCUUGACGAAGACUGGGACGAAGAGGAAGGGAGGGGCGCUGGUGCGGCAGAUGCUACGGCGGCAGGGGCGGGGCGGGAGAACGCUCUCAGCGGCUCGAAACGAGGGGUUGUCAACCAUGGGGUGGCUGCUCCCCCUUCCUCCGGGUGGUCUUUUCGCGAAGAAGAGGAACAAGGAGACAGCGAUCAGAACGAGGGGAAAGAACACGGGGAGGAGGACGACGAGGAGGAGGGGGAGGGGCAGGCAGGAGACCAAGGGUUGGUGGAGCGGGACAAGGCUAAGUCGUCUUCGCACACGGCCGGCACUCGCGUGCUGCGCGGUGGUGGUCCCGGCGGCGGCGGCGGCGGCGGCGGCCACGACAAUACGGAUACGUCGACCAUCAUCAACGACUUCAUCCCCUCUAACCCUUCCUCGUUGUCGGUGCUCUCCCGACCGCGAGCCCGCAGCCUCGGGGGUAGCCGCCGCGGCGGCGCGAGGCGGGAGGGAGGGUCGAGCGGGUGGACCGGCGCCGACGUUAGCAGCAACGAAUUGCCGCCGCCGCCGCCGCCGCCGCCCCCGUCGACACGGCUGGGGCGAAUAUUCCCUCUCCUCCGCUCGCUGAGGCGGGUCGCCGUCAGGUGGGGACUGCUGGACUGGCGGCAGCUCGGGCUGGGCGUCGCGGGCUUCGCCGCGGGGCUGACCUGCUUCGCCGUCCAGGGGACGUCAGCGACAGCGGGGUGGUACCACCUCUGGCACGGGGCCUGGCACGUGCUGGCCAUGGGCUCGGCGGUGCCGAUCCUCCGCGCACGGAGGUGGGGCCCGGCGGAAUCGGACCCGGACGAGGACGGGGGCUUGUGGGGUUGCGGCGGAGGCGGCGGCGGCGGCGGCAGGUUGUCACCUCGGGAAGACGGCGGCGGCGGCGGCGGCGGCGGGCAGCAGCCGCUGUCGGCCAGGGCGGCGGUUGGGCUGAGGGCGAGGUGGGAGUCGCUGGGGCCCGGGUUCGGCGCUAGGGUCGAGACACGAACACCGUCGUACGAGAUGGUUCCCAGGAACUAAUAACUACGAAAAUGUAGAAUAACCAGCGGCGGUGGCGGUCGCGCGGCUUGGCUCGGCUGCUGCUUGGAAGUUGAGGGCGUCAGGUUUUUUGUCGGCGGGUGGCGGGCGGGAGGUUUUGUUGGUGAUUCGUGAACGAAUACGAGGUGCUUUGGUGAUGGUGAUAAAAUGUUGUAGCUGUGGAGGUGGUGGCGUGGUGACAAGGGGUCUCCCUGCUGUGCCGUGGUCUGCCGGGGGUCCACGGGGCGCGGGAUUGCUGUGCUGGCGAACUAUGUAGCCCACCCUUGCGCGGCAACCUAGAAACGCCCUGCGCGACUGCUUGUGGGUGUCAUGUUCUCUCGGUCUUGAGGCACGAGAGGAUGGGAGUAGUCCAUCGAGAGCGGCGCAUGAGGACGCGGGGAGUUUGUAUUGUGAUGUGGCGUGCGCACGCCCGUGGAAUUGAUUCCCGGUCGGUCCGCAGCUGGUCUGCCAGAGCACGGGCCAAGCCAAUUUCUCUCCCCAUUGUCAGAAGCUCCUCGCCGCUUCCGACAUUGCUUUCUGUCUGGUUAUUUUCCGGGGUGGCAGCUUUCUCCGAGAGAAAGAAACGGCGGUGAAAAGGAAUGAUCGGUUUCAGAGUUGAGAGGUGGCGCAAUGUUUGGCUGCUCUGCUGAGGUAGAACUACGAAGAGAGGUAUGGCUAGUAGUGUCGAUGUUGGGGGGUAUGGUAUGAAUGAAGCGCAGCGAAAGCUCGGUGGGUCAACACUCCAACCAAGAUGCUUGCUUGAGCACGUAUGCGUACGACGUGCGUAAACAGCAGUGCCCGGGAAAAACGAAAAAUAAUUUCCAACAGGAGCUAGCUAUUACCAUUGCUGCAAAUUAGCGAGGUGCGUUGAUGAUGGUGAUGAAUGGUUGUUGCAGUUCCAUAUACGUCAGAGAUGAGACCUGAACAGGGCGACGCGAGAGAGCGCGGAAGGAGGGACCAGGAAAACACGGAGAAGGCGUUGCUAUUCUAUGUAAGGUUCAUCUUUAUCGCACCCACGGCGGACCUUUUCGCCCCAGCCCCGCCCGUGGCCCCGACCUUUGUACGCGUUUACGCAGGCACUCUGCUUCCUCCGGUGCCCUGCAAGCUUUGCAGACCCAUCGUCAUGGCCCUGAAGCAAAGCAUGUGACGCUAAAUCUUCGCCAACAUUUACCGACGUCCAAAAAUACCAGUUUCACAUCGGUGUACUGAUUCUUUCGGUACAAGAGUCCAUGUAUUUAAUGAAGCCUAAGCCCGUCUAGCCUGUGUACGACAAGUGAGCUCGUCUCGUCUUCGGCUCCACCCAAGCUUCCGAGUCGUGGAGGUGAACGAAUCUCAAACCUUUUGCAUCUUGUGCAGCUAGACAAGGGUAGACACGUGCUAACUACAGCACAUAGUCGGGGCACACCGUUCCAACCCAGAAACGCGAAUGAGUGCAGCAUUCAGCAUGUCCCUCACUCAAAAGGUGUGCAUGGCCGUGAAAGGCAGCGGUCGACGCAACACCAGACAAAUAAAACAUCGAUAGACUACAUACACAUGAAUCCGGCGCCUCUUCUCUGCUCACGCCGCCCCCCCCCCCCGCACACAAACAAACCAGCGCGCAAAUGAAGAAGAGAGAAGGGGGACGGACGCGGAGAUAGGAGGUAUGACGAUGGAAGUGAAUUGUAGAGGUGAAUACAGGGGAAGACCCCGGGGAGGGAGACGAGCGAGAGGUGAUAAGGAGGAGGAGGGGCACAGAGGAAAGCAAGAAGGAAGACAAAAACGGAGGGAUAAAGAGAUGUCAAAGUAGAUUGGACGGGCGGUGAGAAGUGGGUCAUCCCGCACUCGACGCGAUCAUCGACAAGAUGCAGCUUGAUCGGCCGUAAAAUCAC